AUGAUCAAAGUGACUACUAUGGAUGAAGAGGAUGAAGCACCUGAGCUUAUACCUGAUGAUGAAGAGGCUCCAGCUGUGUCUGAUAUUGCACAGAUCCAACCACUGCUACCAUCUACGUCACUACAAGAACGUGUUCCAGUGACUAUCAUUACUGGCUUCUUGGGAUCAGGCAAAACAACCCUCGUCCAAAACAUCCUCACUUCCCCGCACCACAAGAAACGCAUCGCCGUAAUCCUAAACGAGUUUGGCGACUCGGCCGGUAUCGAAAAAACAAACAACACUACAACUCUCUCAUCAAACGAUGCCUCACAACAACCACUCCCACAAUGGGUCGAACUCGCAAACGGCUGUCUCUGCUGCUCGACAAAGGACACGGGCAUACAAGCUAUCGAAUCCCUAAUGGAAUCCAGGGGUCGGUUCGACUACAUUCUGCUCGAAUCGACCGGACUGGCGGAUCCAGCUCCCAUCGCGUCGAUAUUUUGGCUGGAUGAGGGCCUAGCUAGCAGUGUGAAACUCGAUGGGAUUGUGACUGUUGUUGAUGCGAAGCAUGUGUUGAAAUAUUUGGAGGAGGAGUCCGGUGUGCAUGGACAUGGUGUUAAUGAGGCGACAAGGCAGAUUGCGUUGGCUGAUCGGAUACUGGUUAAUAAGGUGGAUUUGGUUGAUGAUGCAGGUGUGAAGGAGGUGGAGGGGGUUGUUAGAGGGAUUAAUGCUGUCGCUCCUGUUGCGCGGUGUGUGAAAUCCAUAGUGGAUCUUGACUUUAUACUUGGACUAAACGCUUUUGAUGGACGGCAAGCGCCACAAGAAGUACACGAAGAUACCACGAUACAUCAUCAUGAACAUGAUCACGACCACACGUCUCACGUAACAACAAUAUCAUUCACACACUCAACACCCAUCCACCGCACCUGCUUCGAAUCCUGGCUGCAGCGCAUCCUAUGGGAGCCUGCCGCCAUAGAAAACUUACCAGGCCUUGAGAUCCUACGUCUCAAAGCCGUGCUUGAUUUAGUCGAGUCACCUAAUACGAGGACGAUAGUGCAAGCUGUGAGGGAAUUGUAUGAUUUGAAUGAUGGUGGUGUGUGGGAGGAGGGUAUAGAUAAGAGGGUUUGUCGAGUUGUAAUUAUUGGGAAGGGGCUGAAGAAAGAGGUCUUGUAUCAGAGUUUUGUAGAUGCUGUUACGUGA